AUGGCUGCUGUAGCCGCUCAAUUGCCUCUUGCCGACAAACAAGCUGUUAUACAUGCGUAUCGUCACCUAUACCGAGCUGGUUUGAAAGUGAUCAACUACUCAUCACCUUCACGACACGUUCUGCGUCGGACGCUGAGGUCUUCUUUCCGGGAUUCUUCUUUUCUGGAUUUCAAUCAGCAGAAGAUUUCCAACACUCUGCAGUUCCUGCACCGAGCAGCCGAUGUUGCGGGAAUAGAACAUAAAAUUGUGAAGAACCUGAUGAUGGUCAGGUAUUGGGAACAGCCUCAUCUGAGGAAGGACUUAAGAAUCCUAAAAGGCAUAGGCGUCAACCAGAGGCAGUCAAGUCUCCGCAAAGAUGCCAAUGAGCAGUUCAACUUGACAUUGAUGCUCCUCAAUGAGAGCCUCGGUACAUGCUUAAGAUGA